CCUCUAAGCUGAACCAUUCUGGGGCUCUUCUGUUGGAUCGAGGGAGAAAGGAAACUAUGGCCGCAGAAGCAGUUCUUUCUGCCUUCUUCCAAGUGCUCUUUGACAAAUUGGCCACUCCCAUGUUAAAGGAAUUUGAAUCUCUUCUGGGGAUCAAGAGAGAGCUAGCUAAGUUACCCAUAACUCUUGCAAAGGUUCAAGCAGUCCUCAAUGAUGCAGAGGAGAAGCAGAACCAUGAUGAGGCAGUGAAGAUAUGGCUCAAGGAAUUAAAAGACGUGGCUUACGAUAUGGAUGACAUCUUGGAUGAGCUAACAACUGAAUUAGCUCUUCAUGCAAAUGUGGAAUCCGACCCAGGUCAGAGUGGAAGAAACACGGUAUGCACUCUCUUCUCUUCUCUUACCAUGAAUUUAUAUCAACAUGAAGUUGCAAGUAGGAUAAAUGACAUACACAGAAGGUUAGAUGAGAUUGUUAAGGAAAAAGAAGACCUCAAUCUAAGGGGUUUGGGUGGGGCAAGCCAGUCUGACCCAUCUCAAGGGCGCGAGUCUACUUCUCUGGUUGAUGAGUCAACAGUAAUUGGAAGAGGCAGUGCCGUAGAGAAGAUUGUGGAGUCACUGGUUUCAGAUGAAUUUGGUGGAACAACGGUCUCUGUCUUCCCCAUUGUUGGCAUGGCGGGGAUAGGGAAGACAACAGUUGCACAGCUUGUCUUCAACGAUGAGAGGGUAAAAAGCUAUUUUGAGCCAAGAAUAUGGAUUCAUGUAUCUGAGAUAUUUGAUGUGAAGAGACUCACAAAAGCAAUAAUAGAGUCAGCUACAGGAAAGAUAUUUGAGCUUAUGGAUUUGAAUUCACUUCAUCUAAGUCUCAGGGAAAAGUUGAAGGGUAAGAGAUUCUUACUUGUCCUCGACGAUGUAUGGAAUGAAAGUCGUAGUGCAUGGGAGAGCCUCCGCAAGCCCUUAACGAGUGGUGCGAGAGGGAGUAAGGUCCUGUUGACCACCCAAAGCGAAACAGUUUCAAGAAUAAUGGGUACAUCACCAUCUUACUGCUUGACAAGUUUAUCCAAUGAAGAUUGUUGGGUUUUAUUCAAAAAAAUUGCAUUUGCAGAAGGAAAUUCUGAUGCCCAUCCAAGACUAGAAACAGUAGGCAAAGAGAUAGCAAAGAAGUUGAAAGGUUUACCUUUAGCAGCGAAGACUCUUGGAGGCCUCUUGUAUUCUAAGAAACAUGAAGAUGACUGGAAAGUUAUCUUGAAAAGUGAGAUAUGGGAAUUACCUGCAAAUGGAAAUGACAUUCUGCCAGCCCUACAGUUGAGUUAUCGCCAUUUGCCUGCACAUCUGAAGCAGUGCUUUGUAUAUUGCUCAGUGUUCACUAAAGGCUCAACCUUUGAUAAGACGAAGCUAGUUCAGCACUGGAUCGCACAAGGGUACGUAAGACCUUCAAGAAUGCGAGAAAUGGAAGAUAUUGGAGGACAGUACUUCGAUGAUCUGAUUUGUAGAUCUCUCUUCCAGCACUACAGACUCGACAAAUCAAGGUUCACCAUGCAUGACCUAAUCCAUGACCUAGCACAGUCUAUUUCUGUUGGUGAAUCUGUAAUAGUGAAAGAUGAUGAGCAAUGCAAGAGCUCCAAAUUAACCCGUCACUGUUCAGUUACCUGUGAUAAUUUGAGCUCAUGGGAGUCGCAGUCCUCCCACAACCUUAAGAGCCUAAGGACACUUAUACUACGAUGUGUACACAGGACUUGCACCAGUCGUAUUCCGCAUGAUUUGGUCUUGAAGUCUACAAAUCUACGCGUUCUGGACCUGAGCAAGUCUUGCAUCACAGAGUUACCAGAUUCUAUACAUCAUCUGAAGCAACUAAGGCUGCUUGACCUCUCGUAUUGUAAUAUUAUAAUGUUGCCUGAAUCAGUGUGCAAUCUCUACAAUCUGCAGACACUGAAGCUCAAGUCUUGUGAUAAGCUCCAAGUUUUGCCCAAAGAUAUGAAUAAGUUGAUCAAUCUGCGUCAUCUUGAGGAAGAACGUGGAUUGGUCUGCACCAUAAAAGGAAUUGGGAGACUGACUAGUCUCCAAGAACUCUAUUUGUUCAAGGUGGUCAGGGAGAUAGGAUACAAAUUGGAGGAACUGAAGGAUCUGACAGGGCUUAGAGGAAAACUACGCAUUUCAAAGCUGGAGAUGGUGGUAGAUGUGCAUGAGGCCAGCGAGGCCAAGCUAAACAACAAGCAAAAGCUCCAGGAAUUGGAGCUGGCAUGGACUGCUGAUAGGCAUAUCAAUUCAAUAGAUCAAGGAAAAGAUGAACAUGUACUUCAGGAGCUCCAACCACAUGCCAACCUCGAAGUGCUGGUCGUAAGAGGGUAUGGAGGACUGAAUUUUCCAAGCUGGUUCCAAAGUCCUCCAUUGCUUCCUAAUUUGGUGAGGAUUUCCUUAUUUAACUGCAAAAGAUGUGAGGUCCUGCCACCUCUUGGGCAGCUACCUUUCCUCAAUCAUGUAAUCAUUCGUAAGAUGCCUAGACUGAGGAGGUUGGGUCAUGAAUUUUGUGGCAGUGGUAAGGUCAGUGGGUUCCCAUCCCUUGAGAAGUUGCAAAUAUGCAAGGUACCCGAGCUUGAGGAAUGGACUGGGGUUGAGAUUGGUGAAUUCCCUUGCCUCCAUCUACUUUUACUUUCAGAGUGCCCCAAGCUAAAGGUAUUACCCAAUCUCUCUCCUGCUCUUAGGAAACUGACAGUAAUCAAGUGUCCCCAGUUGAUGGACUUUGCAGGAAGCUUUCCAUCUCUUCACCUAUUGAACUUAACAGGAUGCAAUGAGAGGAUAUUGAGCUCAGCACGCCUACUUCAUCUUAAAUCUCUUACGAUGCUACAGAUUUCUGGGUUCAGAAAGCUCACAUCCCUGCAGAAUGAAUGGCUUCAACACCUUACUGCACUCAAGGAUUUGACUAUCCGGAAUCUUGAUGAGCUUGUUUCAUUGGAAGAGGUAGGAUUUGAGUUCCUUGUCUCUCUCAGACGUUUGAAGGUUGAAAGUUGUCCAAAGCUCAAGUCCCUUCUAGAUGGGGCUGCUCCCCAAGCUCUGGAAGAGCUAGAGGUAGACUCAUGUCAAGAUCUCAAGACAUUGAUCGAAGGAGUGACGCUACAAGACCUCACUUCCAUCCGGCGUCUUCAGAUUGUUGGCUGCCACAGCCUCGAGUGCCUGCCGACGGAGCUAAAAAACCUCACCUCCCUCAGUCACUUGUACAUCAAAAACUGUCGCCGGAUCAGGUCAUUGCCAGAACUGCCUAACUCAGUGAAACGUCUAGUUAUCUCCCAUUGUCAAUUGUUGAAGGAAUGCUGUCAAAAGGAAAUAGGGGAAGAUUGGCACAAGAUAUCUCACAUCCCAAACAUCUGGAUUGAUGAUCAACAAAUUCUAAACACAAGCUCCUCUACCCUAUAA